GAAUUAAAUGUCGACGAAUUAACAGCGUUUUGGUUUGCAAUCAAAUCGUGUUGAAGGAAAAAAAAAGAAUAGAAAACUUUUGUCAUAUCAAGUGAAUAAUGUGAAAGACAAAAUUUGUAGCUUGAAAUCAAAAUUAAGAAAUUCUUGGAUAUCAAACUUAAAAUGGAUUACUUCAAUUAUUAAAUGUUGGAAAUGAUUUGAAAGAUAAAUUAAAUGAUGAUUGAUGGAGCCUCGUGCACAAACAUUCUAUCGGGUGAUAGAAAGACCCAUCAAAAAUUUAUCAGUGCGAUAUAAAAACAACAAAAAAAAAGUUUUCGUGAAUGUUUUGUAUGCUUUAAAUUGCUAACACUGAAUACGGGGAAAUGUGAAGUAAGUGUGACUGCUUGUGUCAGCAACGAGAAACUUUUCAUAAAUCUAUUCAUUCAUCAAUUGUCGAAACUAAAUAGACGAAUGUUGUACCUUUUUUCGGGUGAAUUGAUAACAUUUUAAGGAACAAAAUUUAUAUCAAUUGAGUGCAAAUAAUUGUUUUCAACCGUGUACAUUGAACCGAUGACAGGAAGAAGAGAAUAAAAAGGAGAAAAAAGCUAUGAAAAAUGAUCGCUUAAUGUAAGUGACAGCAGCACACAAGCCGUGAAUAUUAAGAUCCCCCUUGGUGCUUUACCAAAAAUACAAUAUCAACUUAAGCUAAAGGAGAAAAUAAAAGGAAUUCAUACAAUUUAUAUCUAAGUAAUAAGAAAUACUUUUUAGACGCGAAACACUAAUAAUGACAGAAUAAGAAAUAAGAAAAGUGCGCGAUAAAAUGCGGUUUGUCGUAAUGAAGUGUUAUAAUAGCAAAUGAAUUACCAUUCUUAGUUUUAACGUAAUGCUGCAGAGUAAUGUGUAAUGAAAGUAAUAGUUAGUGUCAUAAAAUAUUAUUGCAUCCACAGCCCCUUCGCUAUCAGCUAUAAACGUGGCCAUUCCAUAUCAGCCGCAACACUACAAGUGGCGACAACAGCCAAAGUAAAAUGGUGGAAUUAAUAAAAUUGUUUUAUGAUUAAUCUAGCCAGCGGUGAAAGGCGAAGCAAAAAAUAAUAAGAAAAAAAAAUCAUAAAGAAGGAGAGAAAAAAAAGAAAAAACGUGAAAAAAUAAGAAAUGAGUGAAAUGAAGAAUUUCCGAAAGUCGUGAAAAGCUGAAUUUAAUUUUCAUAUCGUAAAAAAUACCGCUGGGUGUAGUGACAAGAGAAAAAUAAUGGAAACGUCCUUGAGGAUUAUAACGACAACAAUUAUUUUAUUGUGGAGUAUUCAAACAUACAAAUGCACUGAGGGCUUUAAGCCAGAUGAGAAUGUGGAAAAAGUUUUAGUUAAUGGUGUAGCAGAGAUAAAAUGUGAUGUUUCAUCAAACAUUGAUGGUGAUCAAGUAUUAUUAGUCGUAUGGUACAAAAACAAUCUUCCUAUUUAUAGCUAUGACACGCGUGGAUCGCACGCCGGUACUCCAUCGCAUUGGAAAGACAAUGAAAUCUUAGAGAAUCGAGCAAUAUUUAGAACUAUAAGAUCCCCUGCGGAAUUAGUUAUAAAGCCAGUCCAGGAGAAAGACGCGGGCAACUUUCGAUGCCGAGUUGACUUUAAACUUUCUCCAACGAGAAACAGUAAUGUGAACCUUCAAGUUGUAGUGCCGCCUGCAGUACCUGUAAUCUAUAACGAACAGAACUUACCAAUUGAGUCACGUGCAGGGCCAUAUGAAGAAAGUGGACAACUCAUAUUGGCGUGUGUCGUAAUGGGAGGAUCACCGGCACCAAAAGUGAAAUGGUACGAAAAUGGGAAGGAAUUACCGACCGAGGCCAACGACUACUCGUUUCCAUCGAGUAAGACAACCAAUAAGUUAAUAGUUAAGAAUUUAUCACGUAUACACCAACAUGCGGUUUACACAUGUCAAGCGAGCAACUUUCCAAAUAAAUUUGUAUCAAAAAAUAUUACAAUAGAAUUAUAUUGUGAGUUAUCAAAAGCUUUUCGAAUGUUUCUGCAUGGAGAAUUUACUUUUUUACUGUCUUUUCUAGUGCGACCGUUAGAAGUUGAAAUCAUGUUCAACAAUCAGCCUUUAUCCGCCGAUCGGCAAUAUGAGGUUGAAUGCCAAGCAAUCGGUUCUCGUCCACCAUCAGUUAUCACGUGGUGGAUGAAUGGAGUUGCUCUCGUCGCUCAACCAACGAAAACAUCUCCAGAUGGUAACAUUACGACGUCGACUUUGCUGUUUACACCGACAAGGCAAGACAAUGGAAAAAAUUUGGUUUGUCGGGCGACAAAUGAGUUGGUUAGAAACGGAAUCAAAGAAACAACAUUGAAAAUGAAUGUUUUUUAUCCACCUUCAGUUACACUUCAACUGGGACCGAGCUUGAAUCCCGACGACAUUGAAGAGGGAGAUGAUUGCUACUUUGAAUGCAUCAUCAAAGCUAAUCCACCAACUUAUAAAGUUGUAUGGAGACAUAACGGUUUGCCGAUAGCGCAUAACACCAAACGUACCAUCAUGAGCAGUGACAACCUUGCCUUGCAAGCUGUUUCAAGAUAUCAAGCUGGAAAUUACACCUGUGUCGCAUCAAAUGUCGAGGGAGAUGGCGAAAGCAAUGUUGUUGAAUUAAAAGUUAUGUAUAAACCGAUAUGUCGCAGUGAACAGAAACGCAUUUAUGGUGUAGCACGUAAUGAGGCGGCAGAAAUUUUAUGUGAAGUUGAUGCCUUUCCUCCACCCGAAUCAUUCAAAUGGUCGUUCAACAAUACAGCAGAGACAUUUGAAAUGCCGCAAAGUGAUUACAGAAUCCAUUCAUCACAAGCAUCAACGCUCUCCUAUACGCCGGUUAAGGAAGUGGACUUCGGUACAAUAUUGUGUUGGGCCGACAAUGUCGUGGGACAACAAAAAGAACCUUGCGUAUUUCAUUUAAUUGCUGCUGGAAAGCCUGAUGUUCCGUACAACUGUACGCUCGUUAACCAGACAUCUGAAUCGCUUGAAGUUGAUUGCAAUGAAGGAUUUGAUGGUGGACAACGACAAUGGUUCAUCAUGGAAAUAUUCGAUCAACACACGAACAUGCUACAAGCUAAUAUUUCAUCAAAAUAUCCCGUGUUUACUGUAAGCGGACUUGACUCUGGAAAAUUCCUGAAGAUCGUUAUUUAUGCUAUCAAUGUAAAGGGUCGAAGUGACUCAGUAUUAUUGGAAGCUUUCACAUUAAAGGCAGCAGAAAAGCAAACGGGUCAACAUGAGUCUCUCGACCGAUCAACAAUGCUUUCAUUUGGAAUUCUAGUGGGUCUAUUGACUGCUCUAGUCUGUGUUAUUAUUGGCAUCAUCGUUGUGUUGAAAAUUCGCACAGCAAACAAUAAAAAAUCAAAUAACAAACAACGUCCGGGCAAUUUGCCGAUUAAAGAGAAAAUUUCGGUGCCUUUGAGUCAGUCGGAGGAAAUGUACGAUGAGAAGAACCCAGAUGUUGUGCCAUCCAAUGAAGAUCCCGAGUAUAAAUUGAAAUCAGCAAAUCAAACACCUACCGCUUUAAGCAAUGCCCUCACCAACAAUCAUGAGAUAUCACGGAACAUCAUGGACGAAAGAAAAGCUUUUAUUAAAGGGGCUGGAGACGUUCAUUAUGCCGAACUAACACUUCAGAUGCCAAAAGAUGAGACGAAAAGUCUUCUGAAUCAUGCUAAGAAACCUCCACCUCCACCUGCUUACUCAGCAUAUUUCGAUGAUCCAACAAUAUACGCACAAAUCGACCACUGCAAUUUCAGCAAGUCGUCGACUGCUAAUCUGUUGGGAUCAAGUGGGCAAAGUUUAAACAAUGGUAGUUUAAAGACUGUAGGUAGUGGCGUCAGUGGUAGCUUAAUGAUGACUGAACAAAAUACUCAAUUUAAUCAACUCUUAUCUCCGCUUACACAAACGCCAACGUCCACAACGCAAAGUAAUCAAACAAUGCUUAUAUCCGGGAAUAGCAUUGGAAGUUCGGGGUGUAUAAGUAGUUCAGGAACACUUUCUAUCACCUCAUCGACAACACCGACAGCGACGUUUACAUCCAUUUCAGCAGGAGCAACAUCACAGUUUCCAUCAAACAAUUAUCACACACAAACUUUACCAUUGCCAUCUGCAAACAAACAAUUUCUACGUGAUAUCGUCACUGUUAAAACGCCUUUAUCAUUUUCUGAACAAGAAAGUUGCGUCUAAUUACAACGUUUAGUUUGUUAAAUGCUCUGUUUUGUUCACUUUGAUGUUGUUCAAUCUGUAUCUGGUAAGAAGAAAUGUGAAAGAAUGACAGAAUGAGAAAUCUUGUCGGAAAAUGGAUUUCCACAUUCUUUAAUUUUUCUCUAUACGAUAUUUUGUUACAAUCAUCCAUUAAGUGGAUACAUUUGAGGAUGAUGUUUAUCCAUGACUCGAUUACAUUCCCU